GAUGCAAAAUCCAAACGGUAAAUAGUAGUAGGUGGAAGAAAAGGGAGAAAAAUAUUUUGCGUUUGACACGAGACAUUAAAGAAAGAAAGAGAAGAAAAGAGCGGAGAAAAAAAAUCAUAGAGCGAUAUUAGCAUUUAGACAAAGACAAGAAGAGGAGUUUGUUUAUAGAGAGAAAAGAGCAAAAGCAAAAGCAAAAUCAGGGAGAUGAGAGGCCUCUCAUCAUUUCCCUUUCUUCUCUUUUUCCUUACCUUUUCUCAUCAAUUCAUUACAGGAUUUUCAGACGUUUCUUCAAAUCCCCAAAAUGGAACAAAAACUGAUUCUCAUGUUGCAUCCAGCAAAACCACUGGGUCAACUAUACUCAUUGUAUGCUUUGCCCUUGUGGCAGUAUUUCUUCUAUCAUUUUUCCUUUUCAAGUUUUGGCAAAAGAAGAAGCGUGAAGAGCAAUAUGCUCGUCUGCUAAAGUUGUUCGAAGAAGAUGAUGAGCUUGAGCUUGAGCUGGGUCUUCGGGAUUAAUUUUGUGUCAAAUGUUAACACUCAAUGUACUGAGAUAGAUGCAAGUAUAUCUUUGAUUCAUUGAUGACAGUGGUUUGGGUUGAUUCCAGAAUAUUGGCAUAAAUCAAGAGAAAUCUUCAUUUCACGAUUGUAGAAAUAUGUAUCAGUAUAUUAGCACAAUCGAAAGUCAUAUGCAUUCUGUUUUUUGGGGACAGAUUGAUUGGUAACAGAUAUCGCCAAAAGUCAUCCAUCACCAUUUCACUCUGUAAUAGUUGUGUAGUAUGUAUUUUGCAGCUUGUUAGAUAGAUGGUUUGAAAAUUGAGGAAUAAUUUUUCAUCAAAGCUCAAAUGAGCUAAACUUAUUCAAGUUGUGCACAUUUACUUUUGUA